AAAUGCAUUUUCAUCUAAAAAAUGUACACCAAACGGACUCUUAAUAGAAUAUACCCAUUUACUACCAAUUGGCUUAACACCAGUAGGACUGGGGACAAUAUCCCAAGUAUGAUUCUCCUGAAGAGUCUGAAUUUCUUCUUGCAUAGCCUUCUUCCAACAUUCCUGCUUAGUAGCCUGAGAAUAAGAUGUAGGAAUUGUGAUAUCAGCCAAAGUAGCAGAAAAACCAUACCUAUUAGGAGGAUGAAUAGUGCGGGAAGAUCGUCGAGGAGCCACAGAAGUAGGCACUGGAUCAGAAUUGUUUCCUUCCUUCCAAUUGAAGAUGUGAAGCUGUUGACCAAAAGAACAACACGAACUCAUCGACCAGAAAUUGGUAGACAUAUGUCGACCAAAAAAAAAAAUUGGUUGACCCUGAAUCUCAAAUCGAAGUAGUUGAACAGAAAUUGAUCAACCCAAAAUGAAAUCAAAUGUGAGAAAACUCCUGUUGCAUGAAAAGCAGAAGUAGAACUGAAGGAACUCGAAGAUUUGCUAUGGAUUUGAAAGGUAAGCUCUGAUACCAUGUCAAUCUUUAUGUGAAAGGCUGAAAUGACCUCUUCAUGAGGAUUCUUUCCAUUAAAUAGGAAUUUCAUUACAAAUUAUUGGCUAAUUUCUAGUAAUUUACAAUAUUUAGGUAAGUAACUAUAACGUGUAUAUACACUAAUUAUAGAAAUAUAAAUCUCCUCCAUAAUCUUUGCCAUCGAUAAGUUAGUUCUAGCAGGAAAUUUAGCUUGUUUUUGAAUGACUUGGUUUUUUUAACAUUUUGGUGAUGUGAGUCCACCCUAAAUUUCUAGUUAUUGUCCAUUUGGUGUUCUGAUUGUUCCGCUACUUCACUGUUUGGGUCUAACACUAUCUAUAAUUUGUUUCUUUAUUCGAGAGAGUGACUAUAGCUGAAUGGAAGUUCAAUAUCAUGUAUAUAGAGGAUCAAGUAAAUUUUGUUAUUGUGACUUUAGAAGCUUGCUUUUGAGUAUGAAAACAUUCAUUUACUGUUACUGUCUAUUACAUUCCCGAAAUUUUGCUUAUUUUACAACAUAUUCUUGUGAUAUGCCAUUAUUUUGGAACUCAAUGCUUCGGUUCACUUGGGGAAGCCCACAACAGCUUUGAGUUAAAGCUUGUUAACUUCUUAAGUUUUAUCUGUUGAUUGGCAUUUAGAUAGUCAAACGUGCAUCUUGACUUUCUUUGUAUCGGAAUCAUUGCUAUCUUUGCUGAUGCAGAUUCAAUCAUUCCUUGCUGGUGUACCAUAUGUUGUCAUUGGUUUCAGGGAUGAUGCUGGCCGACUCGUCCGUACUGAAAGACUAAGAACCAAAGAUAUAACACACAGAGUAAAGAUGAAAAAUUAUUGGCAGGGAGGAGUGUGCCUAGCAUUUGCUGAUGAGGUGUUGUGCUGGCUUUAUGGGACAGUUAAAGAGAAUGAAGACUACAUCCUGCAGUUUGCGUCACCUUUCACGCGAUUGGAGCUUCUUCAAGCACAAUCUUGCCCAGAUGAAAUCACUUCCCAUGUCAAGCAAUUAUAGCUACUUAUCAAGACUUGAAAAUAUCAUAAUCGAAUUAAAAUAUGAAUUAUAGUAUUUAAACUGGAUGUCGAGAGGGUAUUUAUUUUCGUUUUUCUUCUAUAUAUAAUUGAUUCUCGUAUUGUGUGAGACGAUCUUUUGAAUUGCUAUAGAAAUUAUAAAAUAACUUCUCAUCCACAUCCCUAA